ACUAGACUAGAGAAUCAUGGCUGGCUGCUUUUGCUGCUAGUCACCAGUGUGCGAUUCCUGGCCGCUCACUCCCUUCCAUGAUAGCCUGACCGCCUUUCCUCACCGCCUCGCCCGCCUCCGCUUCACCUUGAUGUGGAGUCGGCCUGCAGCCAGUAGCUGCUUCGCCGUAGCGCGAUUCAGCGGACCGCUCACCCCGCUUAGGUCGCUCGACCCAUCCAGAUCGCGCUGUUCAUUCGUGCCACGUGUUCAGGUAGCGUCGUCCACAGCGUCAGUUCCCGCGUUCUUCAGUAGCGUGUGCCGUGAUUCCCGUCCCUUAUCGUCGGUAACGACUUUGGGGGCAAUAGCGCCGACGGUCCCAAUGGCGGUCCACGUCAGCGCACAUCGUCCGCUUGUCGGCGUCAGCAGUGGCCUUAACGCUCAUCGGCGCGCUUUCAACGCGCGUAUCCCCGUUAUUAGCUCUUCAUCGUCCGCCUUCAGCGGGAAUGGCGGGAUAUGGCGGCGUGAGGGACUCCGGGCUCCGCGAUUCCCGCUGGAGUCGAGUCUAGCCGGCAAUGGCCGCGAAACGGUCGACGAAACCAGCGGAGUUCGCGGUAGAGGUGGUAACAGACGGGCUAUGUUCAUCGCUGCGUCGCUGAUGGGAGUGGGAGGCACUGCUGCUGGUGCCGCUGCGACCUCCAAUGGGGCUAUGGCGGAAGAUCUUUCCGCUGCACCUGGACCCACAUUGGCAUCAGCAACAGAAUCGGAUUCCGAAUCAGAUCUCAACUCAGGAUACGCUCUGCCGCCCGCGGAGAUCCUGUCCAUCGUGGAUGCGCCGCCCAAUCCCGCCCUGUCGUUCAGCCCGAAGCGGGAGCGGGUACUGUUCAUGCACCGACCCUCUCUGCCGCCCAUUUCCGAGCUGGCUCGGCCGGAGCUGAAGCUGGCCGGGGUGAGGAUCGACCCCGAGGCUCACAGCCGCAGCAGAAUGUCGUUCUACACGGGAGUGACGAUCCACCAGGUGAAUGACGACGACACACUCGGUGACUCCGUGGAGGUCUCUGGGCUGCCCCCCGGCAGCAAGAUCAACUUCCUCUCCUGGUCUCCAGAUGGCCAGCACUUGGCGUUCACAGUUCGGGGCGAUGGGGACGAGGGUGACAGUGGUGCGCAGCAGGCGGGCCGCCAGCUGUCACUGUGGGUGGCUGACGUGGCGACAGGCAAGGCGAGGCAGCUGCUGGGCCCCCCACACGCAGCCAUCAAUGCAGUCUUUGACUCGUACGCAUGGCUGGACGACAAGACCCUCAUCGCCAGCAUCAUCCCUCCCGGACACCCCCCUCAGCCUGCGCGCCCCUCCGUCCCCCCCGGGCCGAAGAUCUCGGACAACCAGGGCGGCGUGCUGGCGCAGUCGCGCACGUUCACGGACCUGCUGCGCGACGAGUUCGACGCACGCCUGUUGGAGCACUUUGCCCUGGCGCAGAUCGUGAGGGUGGACCUGGAGGGGGAGGAGGGCAACAUGACGCCCAUUGGGAAGCCCGACAUGUACAUGUCGGUGGAGCCGUCGCACGACGGCAAGUACCUGCUGGUGGAGCGCAUGUGCCGCCCCUUCUCCCUCGAGGUGCCGUGUGGCCGCUUCCCCCGCCGCAUUGAAGUGUGGCGCAGCGACACCGGCGCCAUGGUGCAGCUGGUGGCGGAUCUGCCUCUGGCGGAGAACAUCCCCGUGACAUUCAACUCCGUGAGAGCUGGCCGCCGCAGCAUCAACUGGCGCCCUGACGCGCCCAACUGCCUCUACUGGGUGGAGACGCAGGACGGGGGCGACGCCAAGGUGGAAGUGUCUCCGCGCGACAUCGUGUACACGCUGCCAGCCGACCCCAUGCCGGGCCAACAACCCCAGGAGCUCUGCCGCCUCGACCUCAGAUACGGCGGUAUCACCUGGGGAGACGAGGGCCUGGCUCUAGUUUACGAGAGCUGGUUCAAGACCCGCCGCACCCGAACCUGGGCCAUCGCCCCGGGCAGUGCUGCCGGACCUCCUCCUCCGGACCAGGGCUCCCAGCCAAAGCUCAUCUUCGACCGGUCCUACGAGGACCGGUACUCCGACCCUGGCAGCCCCCUCCUCCGCCGAACCAGCAUGGGGACGUACGUGCUGGCGCAGGUUCGGAUGCCGGAUGGCGCGCUGCGAUUGCUUCUAGCCGGUGACGGGGCGAGCCCGGAGGGGAACGUCCCAUUCCUGGACCUGUUUGACUGGCAGUCGGGCGAGAAGGAGCGCGUGUGGCGCAGUGACACGGAGCGGCACUUCGAGACGAUCUACUCGCUGCUGAGCGACCAGCAGGAGGGGCCCAUCGCCCUCAAGGACCUCAAGCUCAUCCUGUCAAGGGAGUCCAAGGAUGACCCCCCGCAGUCCUUCGUCAAGAGGUGGGGCGACGGGUCGGAGGUGCAGCUGACGCACUUCCCGCACCCGUACCCGUCCCUGCGCGGGCUGUCCAAGGAGAUCAUCCGCUACCAGCGAUCCGACGGCGUGCAGCUCACUGCCAAGCUCUUCCUGCCACCUGGCUACGACCCAGUCAGAGACGGCCCGCUGCCCACGGUGCUGUGGGCGUACCCCCGCGAGUACAAGAGCAAGGAGGCGGCCGGCCAGGUGCAGGGCUCGCCCAACCAGUUCCCGGGGAUCGGAGCGUCCUCCCCGCUGCUCUUCCUCGCUAGAGGCUAUGCGGUGCUGAGCGGCCCAUCGAUGCCUAUCAUAGGGCAGGGCGAGGAGGAGGCAAACGACCGAUUUGUGGAGCAGCUAGUAGCGAGCGCAGAGGCGGCAGUGGAGGAGGUGGUGCGGCGCGGCGUGGCGGUGCGCCACAGCAUCGCCAUCGGGGGGCACUCGUACGGCGCCUUCAUGGCCGCCAACCUGCUCGCUCACGCGCCUCACCUCUUCGCCUGCGCCAUCGCUCAGAGCGGCGCGUACAACCGCACGCUAACCCCGUUUUCCUUCCAGUCGGAGGAGCGCACGCUGUGGCAGGUGCCCCAGGUGUACAUGACCAUGAGCCCCUUCCUGGCCGCCGACCGAAUCAAAUCGCCGAUUCUCCUCGUGCACGGGCAGGACGACAACAACACCGGCACCUUCCCCAUGCAGACGGAGCGUUUCUUUGCAGCGCUCAAGGGGCACGGCGUGACCACCCGCAUGGUGCUGCUACCACACGAGGGACACGGUUACCGCGCUCGUGAGUCGCUGUUACACGUGCUCGCAGAGCAGUCAAACUGGCUUGAGAAAUACUGCAAGAACCGGCCUGCACCGCCUGAAGUACCAGCUGAUAAGGAGAAUGAAGCAGCAGCGGGAGGCAGUGUGGAGGGGAAGGCGAGCGAGCCCGUGGGAGCUGGAGUGGAGGGGGCGAAGGAAGAGGACCACGACAUGGGAGAGGGGGCAUGGUUGAGAGCAUCUUUGUAAACUGGCAGCAAAGCACAACCAGCCGACACUUUGUUGGAAUUGUGAGGUGCUGGUUUGAAAUUGGUGUUGCAUUGUUAGUUGCUGCUCCAUGGUACUCGCAAUCUUUUUAUCAUGAAAAGGAAAAUUGAAACGAUUAAUAU